AUGCUUUUGGACAGGUUCCAUAGGAAGUUUUACCACUCGAAGCACAGGACGAGCCCUGAGGUUGGUAGUAGCGAGGAUGUUACAAUGGUGGAUGAUAGUAUGGAGGCAGAUUCAUUCCAGCUGUCGCAGCCGGUCCCUGUGACGGCUGGAAAUCGACAUGGAGAGUCGUUAGGGCUGUAUGGACAGGGGCAGGAGUUUGAAGAGAGCGAAGAGAUGAUGUAUGUGGACCCCGGGGUGCAUACGCCGGUCUCUACGACGCCAUUGAACCGCCAGGAAGACGUCGAGGGGUUGGGCGGGUCGUUUCCGCCAUAUCUGCAGAUGCAAGGCCGUCAGAGGAGCGUGAGCUCGCUGGCGAGCUCGGUGUCGGACUUCCACGGAGGACUUAGACACCAAGCGUUUGCGACGGCAGCGGCGGGGGGUGCCGGCAGCUUCACUCCCCAGUUUCUCAGCUUGCUUCUGCAGGUGUACCAGGAUUUGAGUUCAGAUCCGACGGUGACUCCCUUCGACAAGACAAACCCGCCGUCGGCGAUACUGAAUAAGGCGGCGAAGAUCGCCAUCGAGCAGUGUAGGACGCAGGGGGUAGAGAUCGGAUACGAGAGAAACAGCUGGCUGCUGACGUUGGUGAGACAUCGGUUGUUGGAAGAGGUAAGAAUGGAAGGGUUCUACUCGCGCAACAACUCCAACCUGUCGUUGGCGCCGCCGCCUCCGCAGUUUGUCGAGUUGAUGUAUAACAGUUCUUUCCAGAACUCGAAACCUUCGACGCCGGAUUGCGCGGGAAAACCAACGGCGCAGGACUACUUUGGCAACGUCUUGAGCGCGAACGCCGGCAGGACUGGACUGAUGAGAAGCAGGAGUAACUCUUCGCAGAUACUGCUGGCGAGAACGCGAUCUAACAGCAACGGACUAUUCGCGCUGACGCCGGCGUCCUCCGAAUGCUGCCUGGCGCCGGGCUUCAACGGCGCGGCUCCAUCUGUAAAUACCAACCACGGCGCUUUCCUAUCGAGACAGCGAAGCAACACAGCUCUCUCCAACAGCCCCGCGACGACCGCCAUGGCAGCAACGUGUAACCAUCCCUCUCUGGAAAACUCGAUCGUCUCCGAAACUUUAAGGAAAAAGAGAGAGUCGCUGAGGCUCAAGAGGUAG